GAUGACCUCAUCUGCCAGCCUUAUUAGGAACCAGGCAGUAUAUGAACCCAGAUCCUUGCACGAAAACGACGUUUGCCGCGGUAGUUCCCAGUGUGAGCAGGCGCUUCUGCUCCCUGCAGCCACCAGCCCCCACCCCGCCACACCCGUGGCUUUUACUCAUUUCUUCUUGGGAACUUCGAACGGAUUUUGCCGAACGGGGGGGAAAUAAAUCUCGUGCUUCCUGCUCUCUCUUUUUGGCGGGCACUGCGAUCAUCCCAGUCCUGAAAGAUGCUGCUCGAUUGCUAGCCGCUGCCAUCCCAACGACGACGACAACACAAACGCGCGCGCGUUCACGCACGCACGCACACACACACACGGCAGAGCACCUCUUGUCUGGACCGCGCACAGGGAGUAGAACCAACUCACUUCACAGCAGCCACGUCGGUUCGCGAGACUCUCGCGCCGGCCAUGUCGUUCGGGUACCGCAAAGAGCUGGACAAGUACGAGGAGGUGGACGAGGAUGAGCUCCUGGCUGCGCUGUCGCCGGAGGAGCUGCGGGAGCUCGAGCGCGAGCUGGACAGCAUCGACCCCGAUGAGUCUCUGCCCCUGGGCCACAGGCAGAAGAGCGCGACCAACAAGGCACCGACCGGCAACUACAGCCGCAAGGGCCUCCUCACCUACUGGGAGAAGGAGACCAAGAAGAUGCUGGAGGAGGAGCACCUUCCCGCGUCGCUGCUCGACGGACAGAAUUCAGAAGAUGACGAUGACAGUCACGAUGACGUGGACAACCACAAACAGGAAGAGAAACCCACGAUGUCACUGAAACAGGACAAUCAGCCCCAGCAGCAGCAGGCGGAAAACGCGGAAGAUCAAUGCGCAGCGGACGAAGACAGCAGUGACAAAAACGAGAGCGAUGACGAUGACGACGAUGAUGAUGACGACGACGAUGACGAAGGGGUGGCGAGCGAACAGACGUCCGAGGAAGAAGAGUUCGUGAAGCCACAUGCAAAAGCGCCCGUGCAGCAGGCGAGCGCCCCUGCCAAGACCGCUGACCCGACGCCCGAGAGAAAGCAAGUGGCAGCCACGCCGAAGCCCGGCGUAGCUAAGAAGGUGGCCCCGUUGCCCGCCAGCGAGGCGCCCAGCUCCAGUGGCUCCAACGGCAACCCCACGGUGGCUGAGGAGGCUCUGGAACGCGUGCGCGACAACGACCCCGAGACGAUCGAGGUGAACCUCAACAACGUCGACAACGUGACGGCCGAGACGAUGAUCGAGUUCGCGCAGGCGUUGCGGACGAACGGCACCGUGCGCUCCCUCAGCCUGGCAAACACGCGGGCCGACGACCGCGUGGCUAUCGCGCUCGGCGCCAUGCUCGCGGAGAACGAGAGCAUCAUAAGCCUCAACAUCGAGUCCAACUACGUCAGCGGAAAGGGAAUCCUGGCCAUCAUCAAGGCCCUACAGGUCAACAGAACGCUCACCGAGCUCCGCUUCCACAACCAGCGCCACAUCCUCGGCGGCAAGGCGGAGAUGGAGAUCGCCAAGGUGCUGCGUGAGAACGACACCCUCCUCAAGCUGGGCUACCACUUCGAGUUGGGCGGUCCCAGGAUGACCGUCACAGGCAUUCUGAGCAGAAACAUGGACAAGCAGCGGCAGCGGAGGCUGCAGGAGCAGAAGCAAGGGCAGCAGCAGCAGAAGCAGCAGGACAAGUCCGCCAGCCCGAAGCCCGUCAACAAGCACCUGAACAUCGCGUCGCCGAAGGCGUCACCUCUGCCGUCCCCAAAAACCUCUCCGUGCCCCUCGCCCCUCGUUGCCAAGAAAGAGGUGAAGAGUGCAGCCCAGAAGACGGAGGUGCGGGCACCGGCCACACCUCGGGUUGCUCCACCUGCUGCUCCUCCUGCUGCUCCUCCUCCUCCACCGCCUCCACCUCCUCCUCCGCCACCGCCUGCACAGCAGCAGCAGAAGGUGCAAGCCAAGCCCACGCGGAAAAUUGCCGAGAUCAUCAAGGAGCAGGACAAGAGCAAGAAGGGCAAGAAGAGUAAGACGGAGGAGGGCGGCAGCAACAAGAGCAGGCACCCUCGCAACGGCGAGUCAAAACAGCUGGUCUCGCUCAAGGGCUCGCUGCGCCCUGUGUCGAAGAAGGUGGAGAAGAAGGAGCAACAGGAGGAUUCUAGGCCCUCAACCCCACAGGCCAACUCACACGACCAGCUGAUGGAUGCUAUAAAGUGCUGCUCCAUCAAGCAGCUCAAGAAGGUGGAAGUACCCAAACUUCUGCAGUGAUGAAGCUGAACUGGCACCACAGAGCAGACUCAAAGGGAAAAAGGUGGAAGUUUUAAAAUGAUGUACAACAAACAAAACACGCCGAAACUCCUCCUCUGCCGCUUUUCAAACUCGGUUGCCGCCCGACAGAGCUGUGGAAUCUUUUUUUUAUUUACACACGAGGGAUACGUUGUCGUGCUUAAUGUGCCGUGAAUGUAAGCAGGAUGGUUUUAUUGCACACGUGAUUCUACUCGGUGUCGAGGGGGUCGUUUUCACCCCAAAUGAAGACACAUUGUUACGAUGUUGUCGCCGUGAAGCCAGCUCGUUUGAAUCUGGUCGAGAGCUUUCGAAUGUCCUUCUGCGAAGCCGUCUGAAGGAGCUUCGGGUGUACAUUGUUUGUAUAUGCGCUAAAUGUUACUGUGCUUUUGAAGAAAUAUCAUCCGCUUUUACCGUACCUAUAAUAAUGCCGCUGGAUGAAACGUUCUCGUUAGCAGCAUAAGCUACGGCAGUGACAUGUACUGCAGUGAUUGUCAAAACAGUUAACCACAUGAGUCUGCAUGUAGUUACACGCUUGUUUUCGGUAUCCUUAGAAAGCUAUAUUGUAAGCGGUUGUUAAGUUCUCAUGCUAAAUUAGCGUGGAUAAUGUUGACACAAAGGUCACUCCGUGUCUGUGACCAAGAAUGAUUCCACACAGAGCAAGCGUUGAACUCAGUUCACGAACUCGAUUCUCACCUCUUUUCAAAUCGGAUUUGGAGUGAAGUAAUUUCACCGAGGCCAUGGCAGUCACUUGAUGUGGGGGAAAAUAUUGGUAUGAGACAUCGAUACAAAUAAUUUUAAUCAAGAAUAGUAUUACGUGUAGGAAUACAAUGUAUCGACAUCAUAAAUAUUCCGAAAUUUAAGCCUUUUUGUGAAUUCAAAUGCCUAUGAUCCAUACUAUAUAUAUCUGGUGUACACACGUUUCACCAUUAUUUCACACUUUUGUUUAGAAUAGAACAUCGAACUGUAGGUUUUCAGCAUUUAAAGACCGAAUGAAACAUGCCACAAAACUGCCGUGAGUUUUAGGAACAUUAUUUGGCAUUAAACAAAGGGCACACUACUACCAGUAUAGAUUUGCAAUGCGCUUCGUGUAGAAAAACUACCGUCUUAGUUUCACCGUGUCUGCCACGAUGCCUCCGCACCAACGGCUGAACAACACGCCUUCGAGAAAAUGGCGCGCUCCGCAGUCGCUAACAAGUUUUAAUACACAGAAUGAACCGUUCCUGAAUGGGGUGGUUGUGAUCAUAACUCUGGCCGAGGGGGCUGUAUCGUCUGCUCUCGUUUGACCUUCACGUCUGAUGUGUUAUGUUGCCAACUCCAUCGGUAUCUGGAGCUAAUGCUGCAGUUAUGCCAUACAUUGCAUUUCGCAUUUUAUAACCAAUAACACAGCACGUAUGUAGUUAUUUUGCAACGCCUAAAUGCACUUUUCCGCAAGAAAAAAUACCAACAGUAUAAUUUUGACAUUGCGCCUUAGAUUUGCAAAAACCUUUGCAAUAAACGGUGUCGUAAAAAUUAAAGAGUACUUAAAACAAUACACUUUCAUUGUAUUAACUCUUUUAAAAAUAUAUUAAAUGCACUGCCUGUAGCACUAGCUUUUUGUAAAUUACAAUAAUAAAAAUGGUUAUAUAUAACACUGA